CAGUCAAGGCGUAUUCGAGUGUAAAUUAUUAUUGUAAUAUUAAAUCCUUGUGUCCUAUACAUUUUCAAAUUUUGGCUGUGUUCAAAAAAACGAGACUACAAAGUACAAGAUGGGCAAGGUCGAAGGUGCACCGAAAAAACGUUCAGGUUCCCUAUGGGAUUUCAUUUGUGUUGAAUUCACUCGUGGUUAUUCCUUAGAACACGACGAGAAAGAGUAUUCCGACAGGAGAGAAAAAGUUUACACCUUCAUGAAAAUACCCCUAGAAGUAGAACGGUUCAUGUUCUAUGGAUUUUGUCAAUGUGCAGAUUCCUUUCUGUUUGUCUACACGUUCUUACCGUUACGGGCGUUGGUUGCGCUCAAGUCGUUUAUAUUCCGUACAGUAUUUAAAUUUCGAGAUAAACAUAAAAAUAAACGAUUGACGGCGGCCGAAGCGUGUGACCUCCUCAAGAUGGCUAUAAUAGUGACUUGUACAAUGAUUUUGAUGCCCUGGGACACGUCGAUGAUGUACCAUGUGAUUAAAAGCCAGUCGGUUAUCAAACUGUACAUUUUCUUUAACAUGUUGGAGGUUGGAGAUAGACUGUUUUCGUCUUUCGGUCAAGAUAUUCUGGACGCUCUAUUUUGGACAGCCACUGAACCCAAACACAGUCGCCGUGAGCAUUUCGGAGUGUUGCCACAUUUCGUAAUUGCCGUGUUUUACGUCAUUUUACACAGCAUACUCGUGUUAUGCCAAGCUACUACGCUAAACGUAGCUAUAAAUUCUAGUCACAAGGCGUUACUGGCCAUCAUGAUGUCCAACAAUUUUGUCGAACUCAAAGGCAGCGUGUUUAAAAAGUUCGACAAGACAAACUUGUUUCAGUUGGCUUGCAGCGACGUUCGAGAGCGUUUCCAUUUAUUUCUACUGUUGUUAAUUGUCGUUGUGCAGACAAUGAAAGAAUACCAAUGGACUAGCGAUUCAUUUUGGGAACUAAUGCUCGAUUGCAUGUACGUCAUGGUAUCGGAAAUGUUGAUAGAUUGGACCAAACACGCUUUCAUUACGAGAUUUAACGAAAUCAACUUGUCCGUCUACCGGGACUACGUACUUAGUUUUGCCUACGAUACUGCUCAGUCACGGCACCACAAAGCCUUCACCGACCAUUCGGAUUUAGUUGCGAGGCGUAUGGGAUUCAUCCCGAUACCGUUAGGAGUGGUAAUGAUUAAAGUGUUGACACGUUGCGUUACGAUUGACGGCCGCUUGGCUUCAAUAGCGUUGCUGGUUUUUGCCUUUACGUGUCUUGUCACGUUAAAAAUCGUCAACCUCAUCUAUAUCCUGGGCAGGGCUUGUAAGCUCAUAGAUUUUCACAAGAUUCUGUUGAUAAGAAAUCUGAAAAACGGUGUCAGCGUUCAAGACAUGGCCACCAGUCCGAUGAAACCACAAUUCCGCAACAAAACGUUAUGGGCCGAUGACAAAGAAAACCGGCCUUCGCCGCUCAUUGAAGUUCCGCCUUUAGGUCCAACACCGAUGUUUGCUAAUAGUAACGUUGACAUUAAAGAGGCUUGUUUGAACACUCAAGUGUUGGAAGAUAUCGUGGAAUGUGAUUUGACGCAAAGCGACCCAGAUUUUAAACUGUCUUUGAUGCGUGACGUGGACACAAUCAGCACCAAGUCGGCGUGAACGACGGCAAACAAUAAAAUAUAUUAGUUAAAUUUUUUAUUUGGUACGCGGGAUAAGACUGUUGUCGUAGAAACCAAUUCCAUUUGUUGUUAUUUGUUACGUUAAAUCAAUUAUUUUUUAAUUAAAGUGUGUGUCUAAAUUUUGU